CUCAUGCCUGCGUCGAAGCAGAUCAACCGGCGAUUCACGCUUUUAAAAAAGCAAAUCCGAGCACUUCUGGAAAAAAAGGUCAUCUUGCAUUAAAUUCCGUGGCGCGAUUGGUAUUCCGACGUCGUUUCUGGCAGAGUUUAUAAGCGGCGGGUCGCUCCCAGGCUAGAGUCGCCCUGCCAACCUGGACUACGCCAAUAAGAGUGUCCGCUCGCCCCCUCGCAAAUUCCUUGCUGCCCACCCCUCAGGAAUAUCGACGAAAUACGAGCUCCGAGGACUGGGGCUUUUGUGAAGGGAUGGCUUCCUCUGCUCCCUCGUCCUCCAACGAUGCUCCGGACCCCACCCCGCCUAAUCUGCGACCCACAACUUACGACUCGUGGUGCGGCGUGGCUCACGGGUGCACCAGGAAGAUCGGGCUGAAGAUAUGCGGGUUCCUGCAAAGGACCAACAGCCUGGAAGACAAGAGCCGGAUCGUCAGCUCUCUGAAGGAAAGGCAGUCCUCCAAGAGCCUGCUGGCAUGUGAGAACAGUGAGAAAGAAUCCAGGUUCCGGCGCACCGAGACAGACUUUUCCAAUCUGUAUGCCAGAGAUUUGCUGCCCUCCAAGAAUGGUGAGGAGCAGACCAUGCAGUUCCUGCUGGAGGUUGUGGACAUCCUCCUCAACUACGUGAGGAAGACUUUUGACAGAUCCACCAAAGUGCUGGACUUCCACCACCCGCACCAACUCCUGGAGGGCAUGGAGGGCUUCAACCUGGAGCUUUCGGACAACCCUGAGUCUCUGGAGCAGAUUCUGGUGGACUGCCGGGACACACUGAAAUACGGAGUAAGGACAGGUCAUCCUCGCUUUUUCAAUCAGCUGUCCACAGGAUUGGACAUUAUUGGCUUGGCUGGAGAGUGGCUGACAUCUACUGCUAAUACAAACAUGUUUACCUAUGAAAUUGCCCCUGUUUUUGUCCUUAUGGAACAAAUAACACUUCGAAAGAUGAGGGAGAUUAUUGGAUGGUCAAAUAAAGAUGGUGAUGGCAUAUUCUCUCCUGGAGGAGCAAUCUCCAACAUGUACAGCAUAAUGGCUGCACGCUACAAGUAUUUCCCUGAAGUUAAAACCAAAGGCAUGGCUGCAGUUCCUAAACUGGUUCUCUUUACCUCAGAGCAUAGUCACUACUCAAUAAAGAAAGCUGGAGCUGCUCUCGGAUUUGGAACAGACAAUGUUAUUUUGAUAAAAUGCAAUGAAAGAGGCAAAAUAAUACCAGCUGAUUUGGAGGCAAAAAUUCUGGAAGCAAAAGAAAAGGGUUACGUUCCUCUUUUUGUAAACGCGACUGCAGGCACAACAGUCUAUGGAGCCUUUGAUCCAAUACAGGAGAUUGCAGAUAUAUGUGAAAAAUACAACCUCUGGCUCCAUGUAGAUGCUGCGUGGGGAGGUGGGCUCUUAAUGUCCCGAAAGCACCGUCAUAAACUGAAUGGAAUAGAAAGAGCCAACUCAGUCACUUGGAAUCCACACAAGAUGAUGGGUGUGCUGUUACAAUGUUCUGCCAUUCUUGUCCGGGAGAAGGGUAUCCUUCAAGGCUGCAAUCAAAUGUGUGCAGGCUAUCUCUUCCAGCCAGACAAACAGUAUGAUGUCUCCUAUGACACUGGAGAUAAGGCAAUACAGUGUGGUCGACAUGUGGACAUUUUCAAAUUCUGGUUGAUGUGGAAAGCAAAGGGUACAGUAGGAUUUGAAAAUCAGAUCAAUAAAUGCCUGGACCUGGCAGAAUAUCUCUACACUAAAAUCAAAAACAGAGAAGAAUUUGAGAUGGUUUUUGAAGGGGAGCCAGAGCAUACAAAUGUAUGUUUUUGGUAUAUUCCUCCAAGUCUCAGGGGCAUGCCAGACUCUGAUGAGAGAAGAGAAAAGUUACACAGGGUGGCACCAAAAAUCAAGGCACUGAUGAUGGAAUCAGGUACCACCAUGGUUGGAUAUCAGCCCCAGGGCGAUAAAGUCAACUUCUUCCGAAUGGUCAUCUCAAACCCAGCAGCAACUAAGUCUGACAUUGACUUCCUCAUUGAGGAAAUUGAGAGAUUGGGGCAGGACCUGUAGUGGUUUAAAUAUUUAUUUCUCUAAUUCAUUGUUUUCCACCACUGGCUAUGUUUUAAACCCAGUUCUGCAGAACAUGUUUUAAGGAAAUUCUCCUUCUGUAAGUUCCAGUCUCCUAAGACAACCUUAAACAAAACAACUACAGGCUACUGAAAUAUAGAAGUAUUGGUAGAUCAUAUUGAGGGAAAAUAUAUUAUCUUGAAGUUGAAGUACUAUUGACUCUUACAUUAGUCUUGUUUAUUGUAGACAGCAGAAAAUUAAUAAGUAUUAAAAUAGCAAAUUAAGAACUCUGCACAGUAUAUAUGUACAGUAUAAAUAAAUAUAUAUAAUUAUAUAUAUACAUACAUAUAUAUAUAUAUAAAGUGGUUAUAAAAUUAGAUCUAAGCCACAGCAUGUUUUCCACUUUAAGAAAAUUAAGUUUUCCUUCAACAACUUUGAUGUGGAUAAUGUGCUACAAGUUUUUCUGCCAGACAGAAAUAGACAUAUAGAAACAUUUCUAAAAUGUAGAUUCUUAGGAGCUAAAGACAAAUGCAUAACAGUAUUAGAUCUUAUUGUUGGUGCUUUUCUCACAUACAAAACAGCAAUCUCUAAGAGCACCUUUGAGUAAAAUAGUUGUACUUGCCCUUUAGUGUCAAAUCAGGGGAUGACAGUAGCACAGUCAUUGUAACAGGUAUAUUAUUGCUGUAUUUUUAGAGGUUAAUUUGUGUAGAUUGUGUACAUUAUUGUUAAAUGACUUUGUGUAAAAGGAUUUAAAUGUAAUAGUUUUACAGCAAGAUAACUGUUUGAUUGUAGGUAUCUGAAAUAUUUGCUUAUUUAUAUGCAGAGAUUUACCAUGCUGAAGAGUUGUCUUGUAUUUUCUUCCGUUUGUAAUGUAACCUAUUUAUAUAUUAUUGAAGUUCUAAAUAAUGUUUAUGGUAUUUUAGUGUCUUUGUGAGCCAAAGAAAGAAUACGAAAAUAUUAGUUGACACUUUCAUUUAAAUCCUAGUGCCCUUAAAGUAAUAACUCACAGAUAAUUUUACUGAAGAUAAGGAGUUCUGACAUUGUGUAUAGACUACCAAACGAUGGGAUCCCUUUAAUCUAUUAGAAUUAUUAGAAAUUUCAGUUUUAUUCAUUGUAACGUCAGACUGUCUGUUAAGUGUUCUGAAUGCUUUUCUAGUGAAUAUUGAUUGCUAACCAAGGCCCCUGUUUUUGAGUUUGAUUUCAGGACUGACCUGUGUGACCAUUUAAACUAAAUUCUGUGGGAGUUUUAACCAGUAUAAUUCUUUUAGUGAAGUGGAAUUCACUAUAUUUUUUGGAGCUUAU